ACGGGUGCUUUUUUUUUUAAUUCGAGGGACUGGUUUUUUGUGGGAGUGAGUGUAUUUUUUCUAGUGUUUGGUGUGCUUUUUUUUCCUUGUUUCGCCUCUGUCCGCCGUGAUCACGUUGGCGAGGUAGCACUCACCAUGCGGAACGAAAGUACUAUCGCGUCAUGAGACGCAAAUUUCGGCGGUAGGCGUGCGCGGGACUCGAACAAGGAGCCUGAGUGGAGAGUGUGCUGUUUAGGCUAGGGGGUGCAGCAUCCUCGGCCUAUCCCCAGCGGAGGAGAUGCCGUGAUGGCAAGGGAGGAAGCACGAGGCAAGAGGCCCUUCAAGAUAUGGGACAGCUGGAGAAACAUCCGGAAAGGACUGGUGGUCAGCAGCUUCGAGGAGCUCAUCGUCAGAGGAAGGGAGAAGCUCGGCCUGCCGGUAGGUGAGCCGGUACGCCUCGUGCUUGAAGCAGACGGGACGCAGGUGGAGGACGGCGAGUACUUCCGCACGCUACCCAACAACACGGUGCUGCUGCUGCUCCGGCAGGGCGAGCGCUGGUACCCCAGCGGGGUCGACGUCAUCCGUGCUGCUAUCACCGCCAUCCCGAAGAUCGUAUGCGAGACAAUCCACGCGUUGGAGUUGCACGAUGAGACCCCGUCGUGGAAGAUCAUGGACAACAAGGGGCGCAUCACGGUGGUCCUCCACUGGGACCAGAGGCAGCAGCAGCAGCAGACGCACAAGCAGCCGGGGGCCGAGCCGGGGGCGGCGGCGGCGGCGGCGGGGGCGGGCGCAGCCGGCGGCGCCCCCAAGUUCUCGCCCAGCAAGAAGGUCGAGCAGCAGGUGCGGCCGUCGCUGGUGAUCCAGACGAGCCUCGAGAAGCUGGGCAUCCACGGGGCGCAGGUGCAGCCGCAGCCGCAGGCCGGCAAGAAGGAGACGCUCAUCAACGACGUGUACGCGCCGUCGCCGCGCUUCAACUCGAGCCCGCAGAUCACCGUCAUCAACCACGACGAGGUGAGCAAGGGCGGCGCGGCCGUCACGUUCCACCCGCACCACCUGCACCACCACCCGGCGCACCGGCUGCCCAAGCAGCCCGGCUCGUUCGACGCCGCCACCGUGCACGUGCACACGCCCGAGUGCGUGAACCACGCGGGCCGCGCCGCCAGCCCCGGCGACGGCAAUGGCCCGGGCGACGUGGCCGAGUGCGACUUCCACUGCUGCGCGCUGCACGAGGAGGGCCGCAAGAUCGCCGUGCACAAGUCGGUGGCCACGUCGCCCAUCCAGGACGCGCAGCAGCAGACGUCCCCGCAGCCGUCGUCGCUGGCCGGCGCCGGCUCGGCGAGGGCGCAGCCCAAGCAGCAGCACGUGCGCUUCCUGGACGUGGAGGGGGCGGCGGCGGCGGCGGCGGGGGCGGCGGGCGCGCGCGGGCCCGCCGACGAGAGCUCCGAGUCCGAGACCGAGAACACCGUCAUGGAGGACGAGGCCGUCACCUCGGAGAAGUUCCUGCUGCUCAUAGACCAGCUGUCCGUCGACCAGAAGCGCCACCUCACCAUCAAGGACAUCGGCAUCAUCCUCGAGAGGCUCAGCUCCAAGAUCCUGGACGUCGAGCGGCUGGACCGCGAGUCGGAGAGCGACGACUGCUACAACUGGACCAUCAAGGCCACCAUCCGGGGCGACGUGCUGCGCGAGUUGGGCGUCAUCUACAACGGCAACUACUACGCCAUCUCGGAGCACCCCGGCUACAAGGAGGAGUCCGAGGAGAACCGCGAGGACCCCGAGGAAGAGGAAGAGGAGGAGGAGGAUAGGCUUUAACCGUAGCUGAACUCACUGUAGUACGAUAGCAGUUGACGAUCAGUUAUGUUUAACUACUCGAGAAAAAAAAACUUGUAGGAAUGAAAUUUAAAAAGAAAACAAAAAACUUAAAAAAAAAGAAACUGUUGACAUUCCCGAGUUGUUUAAUUCGUUUUUUGUUUUUACACAAUAAUGACGUUCGUCGUCGUUAACGUUGAUGGUGCUGACCCCUCCAAAAAGAGUUUCUUCCGUUUUUAGUUCGACAGGAGCAAUAGUUUCCUCCGCGCGCCACUCGUGCACACGGUGCCUGUUCGGCCACAUUCUGGCUGACCUCUCUCCUCAUUCCGGAAACCCUCCCCCCUCCCGUCCCCCUUUCCCGUACCCACAACUCCUUCCUACCUUCCCUCCACACCCGCCUCUCGUGCUCCAUCGAGGGCGCGCGGUUGAAAAGCAGUUAAACUUCGACUACAGUCGUGGAUUCUUUUGACCCGUUGUUGCAAUUCUGUUGUUGAGAGUAGGGCGACUGAUGUUUAUGUCUGUGAAAACAAUCAAUAAUUAUUAUUAUCAACAUUAUUACUAAAGCACGAACGCUGCCCAGUGUGGUGGGUUUUCUACGAGUGUGUUCAUGUACAUGUGUCGUGUCGUUAUAAAUGCCAUAUGUCAUGUGACUCGUUUCGAUCCCCGCCCGUUUCGUGUUGUCAUUUUAAUACUGCGCCUUGAUGGCUCGGAACAAAUCUGUUGAAGAUGUUAAUGAGAGAAUGUUGAGAGUGAUUAAAUUAAAAAAAAGACUACAGUUCAUGCCGCAGCCAUCAACAUUUAAAAUCCACAAGAGUAUUAGGGUAAUUAAAAAUUGGACACGUUUUUUGUGGGAGGUUAAUUGAUAUCUGCAGGAAGUCGAACGAAGUAUGAAGUUUAACUCACUAUUAGAUGAAAAUGUGUACAGUUCAGAUAAUAAAGGCUAAGAGAGAAACGAACUCUUGCAUGUGCAGAUAUAUCCAAAUGUCUUCCUUUACUUCCAAAAAGUAAAUGCUGUUAUUCGAUAAUCAGACUGUUAUUCGGUAAUCAGUUUUUUGCAACGACCAAUUUUGCUUUGUUCCCUCAAAAGUCACUUCCAGGAAUUGUACACAGAAGCUGUCGUGUUUUCUUUUGUGCUUUUGGAUAUAUCGGUACAUGACCUAUUAGGUAGGUUUAAAAUUUAAUUUCAUCUUUCUCAAUAAUCGUUGUUUUAUUUUUUACUUUUUAUCAAUCAGAAG